AUGUCUAAAGGGAAGGCCACUGAUUUGCAGACUACUGAAUGCACACGUCAAACAGAAGGACGUAAAAUUGCAAUCAAUUUUGGCGACCAUGAUGAGAAGGAAGACAAUUAUUUGCUUGAUGAGAAGGGAGAUAAUUAUUUUAUUGAUUAUACGAGAGAUAAUUACUUGUUUAAGGAGGAAGAUGAUGAUGAUGAUGAUGAUGAUUAUUUUCUUGAUGAUGAGAAGGGAGAUAAUUAUUCGGGGGAGGACCGGAUUAGCGAGCUGCCAGACGAAAUUCUAAUUGCCAUUGUUUCCCUCUUGGACACUUGGGAAGGAGGAAGAACUUGCGUAAUCUCCAAGAGGUGGAGAUUUUUGUGGGCAAGUGUUACAUGUCUGAACUUUGAUCGCAAGGAGUGGGAAUUUACUGAGCCUCUCAGGAAACCAUGCAUUUGUGGUUUGUUUAAAAUCUUGCAAUCGCAUCAGGGUUCAACCUUAGAGAGAUUGAGGAUUGGCUAUUGCGAUUUAGAUAGCGAAUGCUGUCGUUCUGAUGUCGAUAAUUCGAUCGAAAGUGCAAUAUUGCAGAAGAGAGUUCAAAGGCUUGAGAUAGAUGAUGUUCGUUUUUCUAACGACCCUUACAUCUUUCCAGAGAGGCCAUUCAAAACCCCUUUUGGUGUUUCCUGCAUCAAGUCCCUUACACACCUCAGCUUCAACAACACAAACAUACAUUCUCGAAUUGUUUGCCACUUUCUAUCUCACUGUCCACUUCUUGAGCACCUGUGUAUUCGUCGCUCCUCUGAAAUAUAUGUUUUGAAAGUCGUCGGUCCCUCUCUCCGGUUGAAGUUUCUGCAGAUAAGCGACUGCCCUAGCGUAGUUAAAAUCGAGAUCUUUGCUCCUAAUCUCUUGUCGUUUAUCUACGACGGAAGAGGUCCAUACAGAACAGGAAUUGUUAUGAAGCAUGCACCCUCGCUUGUCAUGCUAUCUCUUGCAGAACCUUGUGAUUGUAUAUCCAAAGCUUUUCGGUCGGUUUCAAGUUGUUUUUCUCGUCUGCAAACUCUCAGCCUGCGUAUUGGUCUCGGACAAAGGAGUAUUAUGCUCCCAGAGUCUCCACAAUUAUCUAGUCUCAAAAAGCUAUCUUUGGCGAUACAUAUGGGACAAAAUUCGAAAAUCCUCAUGGAUUUGACUUCCUUGAUAGAGCGAUCUCCUUUCUUGCAUAGAUUGGAAUUACGGUUAAAGUGGAGCGGCUUCAUUGGGUCUCGUAUGGAUACUAUGUUUGCCAUGUACUUAAUUGAGAACUCUCUUGUGCUCGAGAAGCUCAUCUUUGAUCUUCAUAAGACUUAUGAUUUUCUGAGUCGGAAACAAUACCUAAGUAGAAAGACAAUCAAGAAGAAAAUAGAGGCAACAAGAAAGCAUGCUUUGCAGAUUGGGAAGCAACUUCCACCAGGAGCCGAGUUAAUUGUCAUAUAA